AUGCGCAUCAUCAUUGAGGCCGUCGAGGUGGUGGAUAUGGAUCCCGUGGACGUGCCCCCCAACCUCACCUUCCUCAAAAGACUCCACUUGGCAAACAACCUACUCCUGGGCCAUAUCCCACCAGAGCUCGGCCAAUUGCAUCACCUUAGCCACCUCGAUCUCAGCUUCAACUUUCUUGAAGGCCAAAUACCAACCUCUCUGUCUCAUUGCUCACUUCUAGAGACCUUGAUUUUAAGUGCAAACAAGCUCCAAGGUGAGAUCCCCAAGAAUCUCAGCAGCUGCUACAACCUCCAUGACCUUGAUCUUGGCAGUAACAAUCUUACUGGUGAGCUUGCCAGUGAGUUUGGGUCGCUUCUAAAACUCCAAACACUUGUUCUCCGCAACAACCAGCUCACCGGCAGGAUUCCUCCUCUUCUUGGAAGCAGUCCAUCUCUUGUCACAGUCCAUCUCAGGAACAAUAGUUUCUCUGGUCCCAUCCCACCGUCCUUGGCUGCUAACUGCUCCACCUUACAAAUCCUUAUUCUCUCUUUCAAUGUCCUCACCGGAGAUAUUCCGCUCUCACUUAACAACUGUUCAUCACUCACCAUACUUGAUCUAUCUUUCAAUGCACUCACUGGAGGAGUCCCUGCAUUCAUGCAAGGAGACCACUCUCACCUCAGUCAGAUACUCUUCUCUGGGAACAAUCUAAUGGGAAGCAUCCCUGCAUCUUUAGGGAACCUCUCAUCACUGGUAGUUGUCCUUCUUGAGGAGAACAAGCUGCAAGGGAGCAUUCCUGAGGAUUUAGGCAAACUCCAUAGCCUAAAUGAGCUUGAUCUAACUAGAAAUAACUUGUCUGGCAGCAUCCCUCUGUCUCUGUUUAACAUAUCAUCCUUGUCAUUCCUUUAUCUGUCAAACAAUCAGCUCUCUGGGUCACUUCCACAUGACAUGGGUCACACUCUUCCCAACCUCCAAUAUUUCAUCUUACAAAAUAACAGGUUGGAGGGGUUUGUUCCGAUCUCCUUGUGCAACGCUUCUGGUCUUCAAGUGGUUGAUCUAGCUGUAAACUCAUUUUCCGGGCCGGUUCCUUCUAAUCUUGGUUGCUUACCUAGUCUUCAAGAAUUAAUCCUUGCCCAGAAUGAGCUUCAUAAUUCACAAGACUGGAGUUUUCUCACUUCUUUGAUCAACUGCACCCUUCUGACAAGAUUGUAUCUAUUCGACAAUAAACUCGACGGUUUACUACCAAGGUCAAUAGGCAACCUUUCCAGUCAGCUUGAAUGGCUAAUCAUAGCUCAAAACCAAAUAUCUGGAACCAUUCCUGACGAGAUUGGAAAUCUAGCCAGCCUGACAUAUCUAGACAUGGGACAAAACUUCUUCACGGGUACCAUUCCUGCAACCAUAGGGAAGCUCCAAGAGCUGCAAGUUGUGCACUUGAUUCAAAAUAAGUUCUCUGGCAUGAUCCCUUUCUCCAUUGGCAACCUCACUCGGUUGUAUGAACUUGACCUUUCUGAUUGUCAACUCAGCGGUGAAGUACCUGCAAGCUUUGGAAGAUGUGGGCAGUUGGUGUAUCUUAAUCUUUCAUACAAUCAACUUGGCGGAGAAAUCCCCAGGGAAGUGGUAAGCCUCACUUCACUUACUCAACUUCUUGAUUUAUCACACAAUUUGUUCACUGGAUCCAUACCGACAGAAGCAGGAAGAUUAAAAAACCUUGGCCAGUUGGACCUCUCCAGCAAUCAAUUAUCCGGCAGUGUUCCUCCCAGUCUUGGUGAUUGUCUGGUCUUGGAGAACCUAUCCCUGCAACAUAACUUUUUCAGUGGAAAAAUUCCUCAAAGUUUCAGUGCUUUGAGAGGGAUAGUUAAACUAGACCUUUCAAGCAACAACUUCUCUGGAGAAAUUCCAGAUUUUUUGGGGAAGUCUCCCUUCCUCAAGUAUCUCAAUUUGUCUUUCAAUGAUCUGGAGGGUCAAGUUCCUCGAGGUAUCGUAACAAGUAAUGCGAGUGAAAUCUAUGUCUAUGGAAAUCCGAAACUCUGCUGUGACAAUGAAAAGCUGCAGCUGCCAUCUUGCUCAGCCAUCAAAGUAAAAAAGCAAUAUGUUAAGAUGAUAAUGAUCCCAGUUGGCUCCAUAUUAUCUUUGAUCUUACUAGUUGUUGUGUCAUACAAAAUCUACAUGAUGAAAAAGACAAAGGGGAAACUUGCAUCUACAACAAAUGCAUCAGAUGAUAAGUUCAGAAAAGUAUCUUAUGCGGAGCUCUUAAAGGCAACUGAUGGCUUCUCUUCUGAGAAUUUGAUUGGCGCCGGGAGUUUUGGAUCGGUUUACAGAGGCAAACUGGAUGUUGAGGAGGAUCUAGUUGCAGUGAAAGUGCUCAACCUCAACCAGAAGGGUGCUCUCAAGAGUUUCAUGGCUGAAUGCGAAGCCUUGAGGAACAUCAGGCAUAGGAAUCUCGUCAAGAUUAUAACUUCAUGCUCUAGUCUUGAUUCCAGAGGGAAUGAUUUCAGAGCUCUGGUGUAUCAGUUCAUGCCUAAUGGAAAUCUAGAUGAGUGGCUACAUCACCAGCACAUAUCCAAACUGAACAUUAUACAAAGAUUGGACAUUGUCAUCAAUGUGUCUUCAGCACUGGAUUAUCUUCACAACCAAUGCAAGUCUCCGGUGAUACACUGUGAUCUAAAGCCAAGCAAUGUUCUUCUUGACGAUCAUAUGAUCGCUCAUGUGAGUGAUUUUGGCCUCGCAAGGUUGAUCUGCAUGGAGUCCAAUUCAAUGACAUCCACUGAUUCAAGUAGUUUCAUGGGAAUGAAAGGAUCCAUAGGAUACAUCCCACCAGAGUAUGGGAUGGGAAGCCAAGUUUCUAUGCAGGGUGAUGUUUAUAGCUUUGGCAUAUUGCUAUUAGAAAUGCUCACUGGAAGAAGGCCCACAGAUGAGAUGUUUGGAGCAGAGCUGAACAUCCAUAAAUAUGCAGAAAAGGCAUUAUCUGGAAAUGUUAUGGAGUUAAUAGAUCCUCAAAUGUUAACAGGAGAGGAAGAUGAAGACAUAACUAUGAUUUCUAGAUGUGCAGCUUCACUGACUGAAAUUAAUGUUUCAUGUUCAAGGGAAUUACCAAAUGAAAGGAUGGAGAUCAGGAAUGUGGUCAUUGAACUCGAAAUGAUCAAACACUUGUUUCAAUAAACUUGUAACAGAAUGUGGUUUUUAUAUAAUUUUGUUGCUUUUAUAUAGAACAUCACAAUAAUAUAAACAAUACAUU